AUUUAAUAAUGGAAUAUAUUUCUAAAUCAAAUAUUGCUAAAAUGGUUGGUAAUACUUUAGCAAAUACUUCAGCAACUGAAAGAUGUAAGAAGAUUAUCUCUUGGAGUUGGGAGAUGCUAGGUUCAAUAUUAAUAAUGAUGGGAUCUCCUAUUUCAGUGAAGGGUUUGGAUUCUGAUGAUGAAUGCAAAGAUAAAAUAACAGUAAAAGAAACUUAAAAAGAGUUUACUCUUGUUUUAGACUUAGAUGAAACUUUAAUACACUCUGAUAUGGAAAGAACUUCAUUUCUUGAUGAAGAAAUCCUAGUUAAAAUAGGAAAUAAUAUAGAAAAAUAUUAUGUAAAAAUUAGGCCUUUUGCAAGAGAUUUCUUGAAAGCUUUAUCAAAAUAUUUUGAAUUAGUUGUUUUUACAGCUGCUAUAAAAGAAUAUGCAGAUAAAGUUAUUGAUUAUUUAGAUCCAUGUGGAUUCAUCAAAAGAAGAUUCUAUAGAGAUGUAACCAAAAUUAUUAUAAAUUGAUUAGAGCUGUACUAAGAAAGAUGGAGUGUUUUAUAAAGAUUUAACUAAAGUUAAUUCAAAUUUAGAUAAAACCUUUAUUAUUGAUAACUCAUUUUCAGGAAUGUAAUUAAAUCCAUGUAUUUUUAUGAAACUAAUUUAGAAAAUGGAAUCCUUAUAAAAUCAUGGUAUAAUGAUUUAAAAGAUUAAGAAUUGAAAAUCUAUGAGGCAAUGUUAAAAAAAUAUGUUAAAUCCAAAGAUAACAUUAUUAAGUCAAUUAGCUAAAUGAAAAGAAAGUAUCCUAAAAAUGUAUUGAAUUGAAU